GUGGUAUAUAUAUAUAAGGAGACGAUGUGGUAACCCUAGAAUACUCUCUCGCUUAUUGUUGUCGUUGCCUGCUAUCUCCGCCGUCUCUUGAGAUUCUUGCGAAGAUGGUUCUUCAAAACGAUAUCGAUCUGCUUAACCCACCAGCUGAGCUCGAGAAGAGGAAGCACAAGCUCAAGCGUCUCGUUCAAUCCCCCAACUCAUUUUUCAUGGAUGUGAAAUGCCAAGGCUGCUUCAACAUCACUACUGUGUUCAGUCACUCGCAGACCGUUGUUGUAUGCGGAAACUGCCAGACAGUUCUGUGCCAGCCUACAGGAGGAAAGGCAAGGCUCACGGAAGGAUGCUCUUUCAGGAAGAAGUGAGAUUGAUUUGAAGCUUUAAUCAAUCAUUAAAUCAGUCAUGGCCGGUUUCUUUUUAUUUUUGGUUUUUUUGGAUGUUAUGGAUCUUGCUUAUCUGUUUUGAAAAGCAACUCGUUGGAGUUUAGAUGAAGAAACCUUUGUUGAUUGAGCUUUUAUGAAUAACCAGUAAUACGAUCGUAAAUGAUUA